UGAACACACUAAAUAAAGCCGGUUCAGUGAUACCCGUGUAUACGCGGGAAUCACUGAACCCCGACACGGGAAUCACUGAACCGGAUAUAUUUAUUGUGUAAAAUGCCCGAUCGAUCGAGGCUCUGCAUGCUUAUGGUGGAAGCGUGCAAAGAGCGAAUCGCUCUUCCCUUUACUUUUUUUUGCCCUAAAAGUCCUCCCUUCAUGACGAGUGGCUCUGAUUUGUCAGGUCCACAUAACCAGGUGUAUUACUUAAUUGUGAUUGGCUAAAAAUCAUUAUAGCACGCACGUUCACCUUUUCGCCGUUCACUUCUUGUUUCACCCACAAAGAUGCAAUACUUUUGUGUGUGUGGUCUGAAGUUUUCCCUACUUUCUAUAUUUCUUACAUUGCUUUACCCAUGGUAUGCCCAAACAAUUCGAAACUGUUUUCCAUGGGGCCGUGCAAUUUUGAAGCUUUCGACUUUCAUUGUAUGGUCUCGGGGAAUUCAAACUAUAGGCCGACAAGUUGUCAAAGAGCUAGAUAUUUAUAGCUCACGGGGCAAAGAGCAUCUCUAAAAUAGUCACGAAGUGCAAUACACGUCCGUUACCCCUGCGUUAGGUCAAUACAAAAGAAAUAUAUCACACAAUCAACGUUGACCUGCAAACACUGCCGGUGCUCUGACACACAUGCAGUAGCUAGGCCGCACACAGAAGACAUCAGACAUGUUGGCGCUCGUAUGCGCUGCAGUUGCAGUAUUUACCUGUCUAGUAGUAGUCUGGGUACUAGACCGCAUCUAUAUCGACAUCGAAGGCAAGUAUGUCUUCAUCACAGGCUGUGACUCUGGAUUCGGCAACCUGCUCGCCCGCAACCUGGAUCGACGCAGGGGGUGUCACGUGAUCGCAGCCUGCCUUACAGAGGAGGGCGCGGCUAGACUCAAGCGUGUGACGUCAUCGAGGUUGACUACAUUGCGAUUGGAUGUUACAAGCAGUGAGAGUGUUCACAGAGCGCGUGAUGCAGUACAAACAAUCAUACCGGAGGGACAAGAAUUGUGGGGCUUAGUCAAUAAUGCUGGAAUAAUCUCCCCGCUGGGACCGUACCAUUGGCUGAACAGGGAUGACAUUGUGAAAGUCCUGCAGGUCAACCUCGUUGGCGCCAUUGAAGUGACUAACACGCUUUACCCACUCAUCCGCGCCGCUAGAGGGCGUAUUGUCAACGUGUCCAGCGCGGUGGCGCUAUUCCCCUCGUCGGGGACCAUAUACACAGCAUCGAAAGCCGCCAUAGAAGCUUUUUCAGACAACAUCAGGUGUGACAUGAAACAGUAUGGCGUGUCUGUUCACAUUAUCGAGCCAGGGGCGUACCAGGGUACAUUCUCUGAUACAGACGCAAUGAAACGCAGACUGAACACCGCCUGGGAGCGGCUACCGCAGGAAGAGAGGGACAGCUUUGGUGGCGAGAUUGCGCGUGAAGCAAUGGAACUUCUUAUUAUCGAUGCCCUGCGUAUGGCGUCCCCUAAUUUGCAUGAAGUGACAGAUGCUAUGGAGCAUGCGCUCUGUUCCCGGUUCCCAUGGCGACGGUACCUACCAGGACUGGAUGCUAAAUUAUUCUACAAACCGAUGUCUCUCCUUCCCGCCUUUUUAGCGGAUGGUGUUUAUAAUUUCUUGUUUGGUCAGGCACUAGAAAACAAAAAGAAAAUUAUAAGAAAGGCCAAAGCGAUGGAGAAAAAAGACUAACUUGAGAUCGUCAUAUGGGUGGUUCAGCACAAACACCGUUUUAAUGUUCUGUCCACGGAUCACAAAAAGGUAAGUGUUCUUUCAGCUAGACGAAAACAAUUCACAUAGG